GCGGCAGUACAAGUGUGAACUUUGUUGCAACAAUUGUGCAAUGUGUGUGUCCUCCCCCGUUUCUUCCGCAUUUUAGUACUUUAUCUCACAUUUGAAGGGUUUACAUUUUAACUGAUAUCCGAAGAGAUUAGCGCGAAAUACCGGGUGCUUUCGAGUGAGACUAGCUAGAUCAGGUGUGGGUGGGGGCGCGAGUAUCGCCUUUAUCUGUUUGCGCCGGUACAGGCGAGAGCACAGUCGCUCCCAGUGCACAUACGAGCAAGGGAACACUACGCAGACAUGGCCUGCAAAGCUUUCGCUACACUGCGCAAUGGCGCUAAAAUGCCCCUCCUGGGAUAUGGGACUUGGCAGGCGCCCCCCGGCCAGCUGGAGGGUCCCCUUGAGGAGGCGCUGCGCGCGGGCUACCGGCACAUCGACACGGCGGCCGCCUACGGCAACGAGGACGUCAUCGGGAAGCUCAUCCAGGAGAACUGGAUCGCGACGGGCAAGCUGAAGCGCGAGGACCUGUUCAUCUGCACCAAACUGCCGCCGUGGGGAAACAGAUCGGGCGGUCCCGCCAAGUGGCUGAAGAGCUCCCUCGAGAAGCUGCGCAUGGACUACGUCGACAUGUACCUGGUGCACAUGCCGUACACCACGAAGGCGUUUGAGAACGACAGCCCCAUCGGCCCGGAUGGCAAAAUGUCAGCCGAGGAAGAUACGGACCACAUCACUGUGUGGAAGGAAAUGGAAAAACUUGUGGAUGCGGGACUAGCAAAAAGCAUUGGACUGUCCAACUUCAACAAAAGACAAAUUCAGAAUAUCCUUGAUGUUUGUCGCAUUAAACCAGCAAACCUUCAGGUUGAACUCCACAUGUACAUGCAGCAACGACCCUUAGUUGAAUACUGCCACGAAAAGGGCAUUGCUGUUACUGCCUAUUCUCCAAUUGGUAGUCCCGGCUCUGACGUCGUGUUUCGGGACAGAUUCGGCGUGAAUAUUACUAUGCCUGAUCUGCUCCGGAACCCCGUGGUUGUGGAGGUGGCCAAGAAAUACAAUAAGACUCCCGGGCAGAUUUUAUUGAAGCAUAUUGUGGAUCGUGGUAUCGUGGCCAUCCCCAAGAGCCUGAGCAAGGAGCGCCUUACGCAGAACAUCAAUAUCUUCGAUUUCAAGCUUGAAGCGGGAGACGUUAAAAAGCUCGACGCACUAGACAACGGCAAAGACGGACGUAUCUUCGACAUGAAGUUUAUUCCCGGAAUAACGAACGAACACCCGAAGUACCCCUUCAACGAGUAUCCUUAACGACAACGAAGAAAACUGAAAACAACAUGCAUUAUGCUCUCUGUGAUUAUUAUUGAAAAUAUAUCGCUACGUCUGCCAAUGUACAAAAAAAUCCAAAAAUAAAAAGUACAAAUUUUUCGUGCAGAAA